UGACCGCUCAGAUGUCACUUGAGACAUGAUGUUUUAAGCAGCCUCUGAGAAAGAAAAUGUUGCAUCUAACUGUGAAAAAUGUGGAUUGCAUUUAUAUAAGUAAAUUCUUGUUGCUGUCAUGGUAUGUGUGCAUCCUCUGUGGGGGCUCCUGAAUUAUUACCAACAUUACUGACAUGAAGAGAGGAUUUAUUUGAUUGACUAAAUAAAGCAGGAGACAUAUCCUUUUGAGGUAGUUGAUAAACACCGGAGCUUAGCUGGUUGUAUCUACAGGUGCUGAUACAGAAAAUCAUGGAAAUAGAAACCUCUGCACCCUUUCUGCUGGAAAAGCCUUAAAACAGAUUUCAUUAUGUCACUGUUUUUGUACAGUAACUUGAGUUAGUUAGCUAAAUCUAACUAUUUUCCCAGUAGGGGAUAGUAAUGAAUAUUCACUAAUGUAUCCUGAGUUGUCCUAGGGCGAGGAAAACAUAUUUGAAUAAUGAAACACAGUGAUAUUCCAUAAUGUGAAUCCUUCAGUCUUUUUUAUAUCAUACAGCAAGUUUUCUCAGUGAAAAUGCAGCUUGCCUUGAAGUCUCAGGCUUAAGUGGCUACUGAAUUCAUGCUCAUCCUGGGCUGAACAACAUCAUAAUAUUGUUCAGUUAUUUAGAGAAGCAUGCAUAUUCCUGUUGCAUAUAGCCUUUUUCUCUCACACUGAUCCAGUGUUCAUGACUGUUCAUCACUACUGUUUCAUUUUAUGCUCUUCUAGGAUGAAACAAAAUGAAACACAUAAUUGUAACACAAUUAAAAGUUUACAAUAUACAGUUAAAAUUUCUGUUACAGGAUUAUCUCCCUGGUAGUACCACUGCUCCCUGAAUAAAAACAACCUUGUGUCAAUUUAUCUAUCCAUUAACACGGGACAGUAUAUAACACAGUGCUGACGUUCUUAAUGUAACAGCAUGCAAUUAAGAUGAUUAUUUUUGUCUCAUACACAAUAAACAUGCAUUCCAAAUCCAGUCAGUCAUUUCUGAAUAGUUUAGAUAAUGUAUCAGUGCUGGUGGAACAAUAUCACUGUUCAUAAGGUACAAAUAUUCAUUUAGUUUGGCUUUUGUGCAUCUCUUUUCUGUUUUUUCAGCUGGGUUGUUUGGAGAUAAGCAGAGCAUGUCUAAAGAUGUAUUUUGAAGGGAAUCCGCCAGCUAAUCAAUUUUUGUGUCGAGCAUACCUCUGCCAGGGCCAGCUGAAGUCUCCGCCGGCCACAGGGAGUGUGGAAGACUUUGAAGAGGCUGUGCUCUGUUUUCUGAAAGCAGUUGAAAUUUCAAAAUGUGAACCAAGAUACAACUUCAUAGUGUUCAAUGCCUCAGUGCUGUACUUCCAGACUGUGCGUCCUCUCCUGCAGCCAGGGCGCUGCCUCCACCUGGUCUCCUCUCUCAGGCAGAUGGUCCAAAGUCUGGAGGAGGUGGCAGACCAGGACCACAGCUGGAGGGCUGAACUCAUGAUGUACCUUAUCAAAUGUCUUGUGGAUGCUGGUAAAAUGGAGGAAGCUGCAAGUUUUGCCAAAGUCACAGAGGAAUUCAUCAAGUCUCACACCUCACAUCUUUAUCCAAGACUCUUUACGUUACUGGCACAUCACAAGCUGACAGACGGUGAUGUCCUCUUUGAAAUGAGCAGGCACUGCCCUACCUUAGCAGUCAUUUACAAAAUACAGGACUUUAAAAACAGGUUGGAAGAAAUGAAUGGGGAUGAAUCAACAAAAGAGGAGCUUGAGCAGAUUUUCCAUCUCUUGGUGGAUUGUACAGAUGUAUCUACUACAUCUGUGAACCCCAGCUCUCUUCAGAACACAGCAUCUGUCCAACCAGCUGACAGAGUUUCCUUCCUCCUGGAGUUGGCUCUGCUGGCGUUGCAAGUGAAGCAUCAGAAAAUAGCUGCCAACUGUUUGAAAGAGCUAAAGAUGGUGGGAGAGGCUAGUAUUGGCCAACGCAUAGUAAUGGAAUGUGUCAACUGUGAAAUCAACCUUCUGAAGAGAGAUGCGAAGAUGAAUGAUUAUUCUAAAGUCAGUGUGGAGGCCCGGCUGAAGGAGAUAGGCAAGCUGGAUCAGUGGCUGCAGACUGCAGUGAGAGAGGGGGACCUCCAGGCCAUGCAGGCCGUGUGUGCUACCCAGUGGAGCUUUUGUCUGCCCCUCUUGCAGCGUAACCUCAGGAAACACAUCAAGACAACUCUGCUUAGUGUGGCCCAAGUCCUGGAAGACAUACAAAGUACGUUGCUGGAGAUGCGCUGUCAGAUCCACUCAGAGCUAGCGUUGGUUGAAGAGGAGGAGGGGCGCCUUGAGGGCUCUUUGACUCACCUCCAGAAAGCCAUGCUGUUGGAUAAUGGGGCACAACGGGAUCGCCUGUCAUCAGCUUUCCACCUCCUGCAGCUCAGAGGGACCCUCUACCAAACGCCCUCCCGCAACGAGGAUAAAGCCGCUAUGCUUAUGCAGCAGGCAAGGGAGGUGCAGCCUCAAAAUGAGACAGACAUUCGUCCCAUCCUGGUUGCUGUGGGUCUCCUUUUGGCCCCUGAUGAUUUCGAGAUAGUGCUGGAUGCAGACAACACCUCAAGAGUUCCCGUAGGCAGUCAAGAAACUGGAUCAGUGGCUCAGCUCUCUGCUAAGGCUCACCAUCAUUCUACAGCCGUAUUGAAGGUGGAUGGACAUCUGGCCAGACGAGGAGAUGACACAGACAACACAGAGAGGGUGAAGUUGUGGGCAACACUGGUGAAGACAGCCAGGAAACACGAAGUUUGGGAUGUGUGCCGAGCUGCUUGUCGAUUCUGUUUGCUUUAUGAUGACGGGAGAUGGAUGAUGUGCAAAACUGACAAAUGUAGAUGCUCAGAGGAAGAAAGCUGUGCACAAUGUCUUCAGGGCUGCGGUGGAAGCCAGACCUGUGUUAGGGACCUGCUGCGCCUUUUGGCUGAAAUCCACUUCAUCAGUGCAGAGGCCACUGUCCAAAAACUGCUCACAGAGGGGGUGCAGCUUAAUAGCCCUGCUGUCCCUACAAUGGUCAAAGAAGUGUGUGUGUCUGAAGAGGAUCCAGACUGGGUUGUUUACAGAGACUGGAUCGAGGCUCUGUCUGCCUACGCCACCUCCAACUUCUUGCGGGCAGCAGAGCUGGGAGCAGAGAUCAGGGAGCCGUGGGUGGUAGCAAAUGCAGCAGUUUACCUGUGGAACUACAGCAGCCACUUGUUGGCAGCUGGGGAGUACCAACGCCUGCUUCCUACCUUCCAGAGUCUGGUGGAGAUGAUCCAAAAGACAGAAGACACUGGGAAUCAUACUCUGUUUGUGCUGCUGUGUAAUACUGUGGCCCGGGGGUUGAUCCAGCCUCUGAGUGGACCAGACUGCAUCGAGCCAGCUCUGUCAGGAGACAAGGGCAAAAACAGAGCUGCAAAGGGGACAGAGAAAGCAUCCAAUGUAGACCCUGCUGCCCUGCAGGAUGUUCAUAAGGCACUAGAGCUGUGUGAAUAUGCCCUGCGCAUAUCCAACUGCAGCAUUCCAGGGGAGACCGUCCCCAUCGCAGCGAGGAAACAGGUGGUGGUCACAUGGGUGCAGAUCAAGCAGCUCUUACAACAGCAAAUUGGCUCAAAAAUGGACACUAAAGAUGAGUGUGAGAAUGAGGAAGUGUCGACGAUGACGCGUGUGCUGGUUGGCGUGGAGAUGCUCCAGUGCAAUAGGAACCCGAGGCAUAUGGAGUUCUCUGUUCCCAGUCUUUCCACACUGGUGAGCAUGGCGUCUGAAUGCAGCUGGACUGAUGCCGUGGUGGAGCUGCAGGUGUGGUGCCAGCUGGCUGCCUUCUGCCACUAUGCCAACGAACACAGCUUGCUGUCAUGCUGCACCAAGAGUGCUCUGCAGCUGGAAGAAGCAGCAGCAAAGAGCCUCAACACCAUGCCCUGCAUUUUCUAUGGCCCAGCUGCAGUGAAUGAGAUGUUGAGCAGUGCCGCUUGUUUGAGGGGUUUGAGUUUAGUCCAUGAGGCCAAUGGAGACCUGCACACCUACAGAGAGGCUAUGAAAGUGCUUCUGUCCAGUGUCAGCUAUGCAGAAAAGGCUGAGAAUCCAGCAUUGUGUGUCACAGGUGUCAGGCAUUACUGGAACACUUGUCUACCCCUGACACAGACUCCUGAGGAAAGAAGGCAGCUCCAAGAGCCCCUGGAGAAGAUCCUGACUGCUCUGGCAUAUACCAACUUUAAGCAACCAAAUAAACAAGGCAAAAUGAAAGGCUUGCUGACCUCGACAGCACUGCCUCUUGGGAGUUCUAACCAUGAAGCAGCAGAUGAAGAAGAACUAACCUUGAGAGCAGCCAUUUACAGUUUGUUGCUUCAAAUCCACAUUGAUAAAGCAGACUGGAAGAGUGCUCUGCAGCUUCUAGACCAAGCUAUUAGAGACAUGCCUCGCACCAGACACCGACUGGCUCUGCUGAAACACAGAAUACUAGUAAAGGCACUACUGGGAGAAAGUAUACUGGUGGAUAUGCAGGCGUUACAAGAUGAAGGAGAGCAGUGCUGUUCAUUUAUGUGGCACCAGGUGGCACUGUGUGCUAACAACAUGACACAACAGCUCACCUGCUACCAGAAAUCCAUCACCUCACUGUUGAGUGCAGAGACUCAAUGGCAGAAGGUUAAUCUGCUGUUAGAGUUUGGAGAAUGGCUGUACUGUCACAGCUUCCCCAAAACUGAUGCCCAGCACCAAGUUCAGUGGGCCAUAGACAUCCUUCUGCAUAUGGAACCUGAACAGACAGACAGAGCAGAGGAUGAGCGGGAUGGAGAAAAGAGGGAUAUGAGCUCAGUGAAAUGUGAGCCCCUAGUAGGAAUCCAGGGCUUGUUAUUCGCACAAAGUUUAUCUAAUCUGAAGGAUGUACAGCGCCUUGACAGCCUGGUCCGAGCACACACUCUGCUUGCUGUCAUGGCAGGCAGGACUUCACCUGAGCACCAACUUAACCUGCUCAGAGCCUGUACCUUUGUACUUCAAAUCUGGCAGGUGUCCAUGGCGGUGGGUUAUGAGAUCUCCAGUGAGAUGGCCAAAAGUCAGCAACCCCAGCCUCCUCCCUCUGCUGGAUCUAAAAAAGGCAAAGACAAGGGCAAAGGCAAAACAACAAAAGAUCCUCCCCAUGAAGAAGAGAGACCUAAACCAAUUUUGUUGGAACAGACACUUCCUUCCUCUCCAACGGAGUGGGCCCGCUAUGUUUGUCCUGACCAGGCCAGGCAGAUCUUUAAAACCAACAGUCACCCACACUGUAUCAAUACACACAGCAUUACAAAGCAGACUCAGAGCCUGUUUUAUCUCAAUAUGCUGGAAAAAGAGCUUCACUCACUCUUGCUCACCCACCUGACUCUGCCCAUAAUGCAUCUAGCUGAGACCAUUGCUCAUGACCUUUUGGAUAGGUGGAGCCUUGCAGACCUCUACCGACUUAGAAUUGUGAGGACCUGUUGUGAGCUGGGUUUGGAGACACAUUCACCAUAUCAGGAGAAUCUCCUGAAUCUGACAAGAAUCCAAGAACAAGAGCAGAUGUGGUGCCACAAGGUGAUUGCUGUUUCACAGGAGAGAAGAGGCGUUAACAGAACUGACAAUCAGAAAGUUAAGGCAGCCAAAAAGGCUGAGUCUGAGAGACAGAGUAUGGACAUGUGUGCUCAGGACAUCUGGCUGGACAAAGCUGAGGUUUGCCUCAGCAUGGGGCUCUAUCAACCUGCCAGGCAGCUCCUGGCACAGGCCCAUUUGGUGGCUCUGGAACUUGGAGAUCAGAAAGCAGUGGCAAGAAGUCUUCUCAGCCUGGCCAUUCUGGCUUGUGAAGAACAGAACUAUGCUCAGGCUCUGGUGUUGCUUGACAAAGCCCAAGCCCUGGGUGGGGAUGAGGAGUUCUGCUACCACUUAACCCUCACCAAGGUCAGAGCUGUAGUAGGCCAUGGAGGUCAUGAUGCACACAUCAAGGCUGAUCAGAUUAUAAAACAAAGCUGUGGGGCCCUGAAGCUGGUUCUGGAGCAGCGAGUAAACCGAGUCCAAGAAAUCUCAUUCUUGAUAACCUCAUUAGAGAUGAGAGGAGCCGCUGAAUGUAUACGAGUCCUCGGUGGUGGUGAACCUGGAGAGACUCUCAACACUGAGGUUGUCCAGAAGCUAACAGCUGCUUGCGGUGCACUCAGAGAGUGUGCCAGUGGUUUCACCAAACUCAGCUACAGAGAACAUGCAGCAGAGGCACAUGUAGAGAACGCACAUUGUCUGAGAUUCCUAGCCAACCACACUACUUCUACAAAGGACAAAUGGCGCCUGCUGCUCGAUGGCCUUUCCCAAAUGCAGCUAGCUGUUACAGAACAGGAGCAUGUGGUGCUGAAUGCUCAGAGGCUGCUUCCCUCACAGGAGGAGGGUCAUGGACUGUCACUGGCCGCCGUGCGGAGGCUCCUGCGCCUGCGACUGGCCCUGGCUGAAUUUUGUCUAGCUUUGCUGGAGGAGCAUUGUGCUCAGAAAAAAUACCAAGCUCUGGCCCGGGAGAGGAAGACUUCUGCUGAGAUAGCCCUGGAGGAGUUUACACGCUGCACACCUGAGCCCAACACUAUAGAACAGGAAUGGCUGAAUGUGGGCAGCACCUUAGGGCAGGUGGCUCUGGGCCAGCUGGCUGCAGUCAGCUCCCAAGACAACAUGGAGACCAGAGCUCGCUGUCUGAAUCUGAUGGGAAAGUACCUCAGACUGCAGGCAGUGCAGGAGGACCCAGUUUAUCUGUGUGCACUCUGGGACAGACACAAACAGAAGGAGGCCUGGUAUGACCCUAAAGCUAUUUCUGUGGAGGACACGAAUUCAGAGAAAGAGAAAGACAGAAGAUCAAGCAGCAGAGAGUCGAGGGUGACCUCUGCCAAAAGUGCUGAGCUGCAGCUGAGGAGGAGCAGAGCCCAGCAGCUGUUGGUACAGGCCAGUAAAGCAUUGACUGAAGCAAUCAGCCUGUGUCUUCAACAAAAGCUACCCUCCUCCAUUCUGGCUGAUGCAUGUCUCAGCAUGUUGGAGUGUCAUGGACAGUCUGAUCCUGCAUUGGCAGGUCAAUAUCUUGCCCUGUUUCAGAGCUGUUGCACUGCUUCUACGAUGGCUGAGGUCCUAAGUUCUGCCUGUGCUGACACCAGCGUGUCCCAGCUCUCUGCUCUGCUCAGCCUACGCAGGAAACUGCUCAUGUCCCAGGAGGAGAGGCCCAGCAGCAUGCUGAAGGGAGUGGAGGACUCCCUCAAUAGCAUCUCCAAGGGUUUCAGCCACCUGACUAUCUCUCCCAGUCACCUAAACAUCCUUGCAGAACUUCCACCUUACUUGAAGAUCCUGCUGCUUCAACACUCUGAAGAUGGGUCAGAACUUUAUGGAGCCUUCUAUGAGAUGGCCGGAGUUCCAAAUCAAAAAGGAAAGACAACACAAGUUACAGGUACCCUGGCAUGCUCUAGGGUGGCCAAGGUUUUAGUCUGCCCUCAGGCACUGCUGGCCCUGAGGGAGCAGAUUCGGGCCUUUGGCCAGGAGACUAGACAUGCCUUCCUCAAGGAAGCCUGUUGGUACAGAGCUGAGGGCAGGCUGGAGGCCUUGGAGGAGCAUCAAGUUUCCCCCCGUGAAACUGCAGCAGAAGAAAUGGUGCCUCGCUUCAGAGAAAUUGUACAUGAUAUGGAAGACUAUCUGAAUCCACUUCUCACACAGUUAGACUUCUCUUGCUUAAGGCCGCAGGAUGCAUCACUGCCUGUUCCCGAGAUGACCAAAACCAAAGAGAAAGAAGAGAAGGGGAGCUCAGGUAAAGCAGAACCAGGAGGAUAUGUGGUGCUGCUGGCAGACAGAAAGUUGCUGGAGUUGCCACUGGAAGCCUUGUCUAUCCUGCAGGAAGAAGGCCUGAGUUCUGUGUCACGAGACUUCUCCCUACAGCUUCUCCACAGUCGCCUCAACAGAGAAGAACCAGAGAAAGUUGAAAGUGACAACAAAAAGGAGGCCAAAGGUGGCAAAGGAACUAAGGGAAAAGGAGAUCAAAGUCAAGCCAUCAAAGUGGUACCUAAAAAUCGUGUGUUGCCCUCUAACACCUUCCCAGUGGACACACGUAACGUCAAAUAUAUUGUUGACCCUCACAAUGAAGGCAACCUUGAAGGGAACAGUCUGAGCGGAAGGAUGAAGGAGAUUUUGGAAAGGCACAGCCAGAAUUUUACCCAUCUGUGGGAGGGCUUCAUGGGCAGCCAACAAACACCCAGCCUGUCCGAGGUGGAGCAGCUGCUGUGCAGAUGCAGCACAUUCAUAUAUCUGGGGAUGGAGCGCUUCAUGGCAAACAUCCCACCUGCCAAACUAGCAGCCCUCAAUCUGUCUGAGUGUUGCAUGGCUGUGCUCUUUGACCUGGUUCAGAACAACGCCAGUGUUCUCCGCCAAUCAAACCUUGACAUGUACAAAAGUGCAGGACAGUUGGCCCUGGAGAAGCCCCUGGAGACUGCGCUUCUGCUGAGUUUAGGUGGUGUCCGCUGUGUUGUCCUCAACCAGUGGCACAGCAGCCUUCAGCAGAAUGCAUACAGCAUGGACAGUGUUCUGGACAAUCUACUGAGGGUCCGACAGACCAUUGGCCAGACCGUCCAUGCCCUGAGGAGGCAGGACACUUCAGAUAUACAACAUCACAAGGUUACAGGAUCAUAUGGUACUAUCAAGUGCUCAUCACUGACUCAAAAGAAGAUGAUGUUCACCACAAAACAACUGUCACCCUACCAGCUUUCAACUGCAUUCUUUAUGGUCUCCCUAACUUAAUUAUUACAUAAUAUCCUCAAAAUUUCCCAGCUCAGGAUGAUUGCAGCUAACGCUGCUGUGGUAUGAGGGGUUUAACAUUUCAUUAAAGAUGAUCUUUGAUUCUUUACUUACAUUUUCUACAAUUCCAGUUUUAUGAGAAUACUUAUUUUAUGCUUGAUGUUUUUAAUAUUGUUUUUUACCGUCCUCAGCAGAUGUUAAGAUACAAUCUGCAUCAUGCCUGACUCCAUAAAAUAAGACUGAUGCUCUCAGUCAGGGGAGCUUACAGAGAUUCACCCCAUACAUAUCUUGCAUUAUUAAAAUACCAGCGUUACUGAUCACAUUGUGCUCACAAGUUGUACCUUUGACAUCUCUGCCCGGAUAACACUCAAUUUAUUGAGUGUAUAGACUGCACAGUCCAUAUCGAUCGUCAGUUGAGCUUAGUAUCGAACUUUACCAUAUUGAAUAGGAGAAAAGAUUUAAUUAAGUCAAACACAAAAUUAGAAGAGAAGGUCACCAUUUCAUUGCCUUAUUCCUUUACAGAUAUGCAUGUAUAAUUUUUCAAAAACACAGAUCCGGCAAGAUUUUUACCUUGAUGUAUGUAAAAGAGCAGCACGGUGAUCCAGUGGUUAGCCUCACAGCAAGAGGGUUUCAGGUUUGAAUCUCGGUCCCUUCUGUGUGGAGCUUGCAUGUUCUUCCUGUGCCUGCGUGGGUUUUCUCUGGGUACUCC